AUGGACAGGAGGACAAACUUUGGGGACGUUUUUCAUAAAACUCUGAGCGUCUCGGCUAAAAAGAUGGACUCGUUGCGCGCUCCGGGGUCCGAGCCGCCGUGCAGAGAGCGACAGUCGCCGCUCGGUGCUUUCGAUCCGCCCGAUUCGGACCCGCUUCAGGCUGUCGGAGGAGGAGCAGGAGGAGGAGGAGUAGUGGGGUCCCUCGGCCUGCCUGGUGGAUCCAUGCGGGCGCCGUAUGGCGUUGGAGGUGAAGGUGCGAGCGGACAGAGCAGCGGAGGAGAGCAGAGCCCGGAUGACGACAGCGACGGCCGGUGCGAGAUGAUGCUCCUGGCGACGGCUCGAGACGCGAGGACGACUUCUGCAGCGGCGGGUGGGUCGAGCGCAAAGUGCGAAACCGGGAAGAAGAACCGGGAGCAGAAGAUGCUGCGGCUCAACAUCAACGCGCGCGAGCGGAGACGGAUGCACGACCUGAACGACGCACUGGAUGAGUUGCGGGCGGUCAUCCCUUACGCGCACAGCCCGUCCGUGCGCAAGCUCUCCAAGAUCGCCACGCUGCUGCUCGCCAAGAACUACAUCCUCAUGCAGGCGCAGGCGCUCGAGGAGAUGAGACGGCUCGUGGCGUACCUCAACCAGGGCCAGGCCGUGUCGCUUGCACCGAGCCUGAGCGCGUACGAGCAGCCGCCCGCGUACCCCGCCUUCCCCACCGGAGCCGCCGCGGCCUCCUCGUGCCCCGACAAAUGUGCCCUUUUCAACAGCGUCACCUCCAGCCUGUGUAAACAGUGUACCGACAAGCCUUAA